AUGACCAAGGCCAAUCCUGUCGCUUUCUUAUCCGCCCUUAAAGCAUGGCAACUCAAACACCUGGCAUUCCUUACUGGACUCAAUUCUACAGGAACAAAAGCGCAUUUAUGUAAAACACUGGUAGACUGUACGAGGAAGCCUACCCUCCCUGGUCCCCGAUGCAGAAUCCUCAGCAUAGACAUGGGAGUCAAGAAUCUCGCCUUCUGCCUACUGGAUCUACAUAGGUUGCCUCAAGGUUCUGAGCCAAUCAAUGCCGACAACGGCGAUAGAACGUUGUCUUUACACCUCUCAGACUGGAAACGCCUGGAUGUGUCAGAGAGGCUUGUGGCUCGACAUACAAAUUCUCAAAUAGCAACAGUAUCACGGAUAUUCGAAAAUCGCGUUGGCAAGGCUGAAGAAUUGGAAGCGACUGAGAUGACUCCUGAUGAAGGCUCAAAUCUGUAUGCGCCCUCCUCUCUGUCCAAAAUUGCGUUUGGUCUAGCUUCUGAGUUUCUGCAAUACAAACCUGAUUACAUUCUGAUAGAACGGCAGAGGUUUCGGUCAGGUGGUGGACCAGCUAUACAAGAAUGGACAGUUCGGGUGAACAUGCUGGAGAGCAUGCUAUGGGCAUCACUGGAGACAAUGCGACGUGGUCACCAUGAGACACAAGUUGCGCAAGGAAGCACUUUCCCCAACGUCCUGGAGAUGAGCCCUCGACGAGUUGGCAUGUUUUGGCUGACUCGGGGAGACUUCUUUCCAGCACCUGCAGACAUAGCUGCGUCACUCAUGGUUUCUCAGGACACGGCAAAGACUGUGGAGACAGAAAUCAAAAAGAAGUCAUUCGAGAAGAAGGACAAGAUUGCAUUGGCCCGACACUGGCUUUCGCUUGCGCUGACUACGGACGAGCUGAUGGUUGAUGCAGACCUUGCUUCGAUGGUUGCUUCGUUCUGUUCGCCUAGAGAACGACCAAGUCGCCGGCGAAGCAAAGACGGGGAGCAAGAACAAGAGGUUGAAACCAAAGAUGCAUCGGCCAUUUCUGGUAAACUAGAUGAUCUGGCAGACUGUCUUGUGCAGGCAGUGACGUUUGCUCUCUGGGAGCAGAAUCGCGCAAGGCUUCGAGAAUACAUUGAUUCUGAAAAACGGUAA